GCCAAUUGUCAGAAUAAAACAAAAUCUUGCAUCAUACGUCGAUUGUCUGCUGAAAAAGGAUACAAAUCCCGCAAACAGAAGCCAAUAAACCACUGAACAUCAACAUAUUUCGUUUCCUAUAUUUCGCUAGUAUUCUAUACGUAUUUAUUCUGUUCUGUUCGGCGUAUUUUUCCUUUGAAAUCCCGGACUCCAUGCCCGCUUUUGCCCCUGAUUUCCCAAUACUGUCCGCCAUUUUGGACUUCGAACACAAUCGAACUUAUUGACCUGCUGACGUCAUUGUUGCCAAGACAUCGGCAGAAAUUACGCAAAUGGUGACGUCAACCAGCUAUCGGACCAAUGAAUGGUCUAGAAGAUUUAGUGUAAUAAUAGAAACAUUAUGUCAUAGCAAGCCUAUAUAAGCGUUAAGCAUUUCAGCUGAGUCACACAGUGUAUUCAUUUCGCAACAAACAGAGGAAGCUACAAUAACCGAAUGAGUUGGAACGAUUCGAGCUUAUAACGUUGCAAUUACAGACAUCAACACGGUGUAUUACAAAAAUUUACUUCGCUUAAACAAGAAAGAUUCAGCUAUGACGGUAGGAAUUCGAAGUCAUCCGUAUCAAGCCCAAAACGCAGCGAAUAUGUUGCAGUUUGGAAAUAUGUCAGCUGGGAAAUCGCCAUACGUCGUCGACGAGCAGACAGUACCACAAGCUUUAUAUCAGCCUCAAAUGAACUCGUAUAAAGACUUUCAACCGGAUUUCCAAAAUAUGGAUCCUUUGGCAUACAACCAGUUGUAUAAUUCGCAAAGUUAUCCUUCAUAUAACACUAACUUUAUGGCAUACCCUACUAUAUAUCAGCCUGACUAUAAUAACACAAGCUCUGCAAUGCAGGGCAAUGAACAUGCGACUCUGCGACAGAACUCGUUUCCACAUGGUUCUCUUGACCAAUUCCUUCCAGAAUUUGACUAUCAACAAGUGCUCGAGAAUCUCGAUUUAACUCCAUACGAGAAUCCAGAGUUGUUCUGCCUAGAGGAUUAUGCAAACCUGGAACAAGUCAAUGAAGGAGUGAACUUUGAUGGCGCAGUUAAGCAAGAGAAAGCUGAUUGUGAUAAUACUGAUUGUAAAAACCUCGAAGAAUUGGAAAAUGUAUUGAACAAUAACAUUUUAAACGCGAACAAUACUAUGGUUAAUGUUGUGACCACAGAUUCACCAGUUAGUAAUAUUGGUGGUAUAAAUAAUACAGUAAACAUUAAUAGUACCAAUGACCAGACAUUAGAUGAACAAAAUUUGUUUGAUAUACUGGAAAUGUACUCAUCAUCGGAUUCUGUACAGUGGCAAUCGACAUCUAACUACUUACCAACUGGGAAUCAAAUGGUAGCUGGUGAGACCAUAGUUAAAACUGAACCUAAUACAAACAGUUGUGACUUUUUAUUGCCUGGUAGUCCUGUCAGUAUUAAUACUGAUGAAGGAUUGUCAGCAAUCGGAAUACCAGAUGAAGAACUCAUACAGAUGCCUGUGAGCAGAUUUAAUGACCUACUUUUAUCGUUAACACCAGAACAAUCCAACAUUGCGAAGGAUAUUCGUAGGAAAGGAAAGAACAAGCAGGCAGCAAGAUUAUGUCGAAAGCGAAAGAUUGAUAAUAUAUCUGCCUUGGAGGGUACACUUACACAGAUGGAGGAUGAGAAAUCCAGACUUCUGAAUGAACAGAAAGAAAUUAUUGCAGAAACUGAGGAACUGAAAUCAAAUAUUGAAAUGAUAUGUGAGGUGCUGAUGAAAGGAUUAAAUGGACAAAAUAUUGCAUUAUCUGAACUAUCACUAGUACAUCACUCUAAUGGACAAACCUUGGUUGUUCAAAAAUAAAAUAUGUAUUUAAAAAAUAAGUUGAUAUAAUUUAUAAUAUUUCAGCAGUUGAACUGCACAUAAUCAGUGGCGUAACUACUAUGGGCUCAGACCGUGAGAACUCGGGGGCCCCAACCUAAAUGGGGGCCCCCAGGCUUAGGCAAUAGAGCAAAAACAUUGGUCAGGGCCUCUGAUAUGUUACAAUGUAGUUUUAUGACCAUCAGAAUUCUGUAAAAUCUCUCCCCAAAGUCCAGGAAAUGGCAUUUCAGAGAGUCUAAAUUCAAAAAUUUUCCGGAUAAGCAUGCCCUGGCCCCCUAGAAAUUUCGUGCAUAUACGGCGCUCGACUCGUGCCUUUGGCAGAUCUACUAGGGGGGCCCCCUGAUAUAACGUUACGCCACUGCACAUAAUGUUAAUUGUUUUGUAAGCAUGGCUGGACCAAGCAUUUUAAACAUACAAAACAUAUAAAAAUACGUAAUAUUUAUUUAUAAUAUUUAUACAAAAUAAAAUUAUUUAUUAGAGAAAUUGAUUGUGUGUUGAUUGUAUA